CACGCAUCAUACACAGGCUGGAUACAGGUAAACCUAGUCGGCUAGUGGUGUUUGUACAGGGUAGACACAAGUUAUAGGUACCUAUUAAUUGCCAUAGCUGUUUGGUACCUUUGGAAAAGAGAUGACAUCCAAUUCCGACUACCUGGGAUUUGUGUACCAUGGCCAGGAGUGCUACUCGUCUGCCAUGGACAACAGUAGGAAAGUUCUAAGAGCAUUUACGGCGAAUGUGUUACAAUGCUUUAAUGACAUGUUGAUAUCAGAGGGGAGCAGCUCCCGGUCGAUAUGCAUAGCUGAGUUUGGAUCUGCUGACGGAGGCGUUUCACUCGAGUUGAUGGACGCAUUAAUAGAUAACCUCGACAAAAUGUCUGAAGGCCAAAGGGAAGUAUUGCUUGUCUAUGAAGAUCAGUUAUUGAACGAUUACAACGUUCUGUUUAAGACGGUCCAUGAUUCAAACAUAUCCACGAAAUUAUCGAGGAGGGAUAAAUGUCACCUACUGACCAGUGCAACAACGAUGUACCGGAAGUGCUUACCCACUGGUUUCGUCGAUCUUUCUUUCUUGUCAAUGGCCACUGGCUGGCUCAGUCAAAGACCCUGUCAUAUCCGCGGAGGGAUAUUUCAGACUGACUGUAACUCUGUGGAACUGGAAGCAUAUCGACGCCAGUGGCAGAGUGACUGGAAACAGUUCCUAUCGUGUCGAGCUCAGGAACUCCGGCCAGGAGGGUAUCUAGUUGUGAUUUCCUUCGUGAUGGGAGACAGUGGGCGAUAUAACGAAACUGGAGGAGAGGACUAUCAUGACAUGUUUACCAAUACCUGGAGAAGCUUUUGGCAUAGUGGAAAGAUCACGGAGGAGGAGUUUGUAAGCAGCACCAAGAUAACUUAUACUCCCACCCAGUCCGAACUCGAGCAGCCAUUUAAUACAGACAUGAAACAGUACCUAACAUUAGUGGAUUCUAUCCAGAGAGAUGUCAAAAUAAUACCUGGUCUUACAAACGACACAGGUACCAAGGAGAGACAGAAUGUCCUGGAUGGACACCUAAGGUGUACCAAGCCUUGGCUGUACAAUAUUCUCAAGGGAGGACUCUCACCAGACCGAACCGAGGCUGACAAAGACGCACUACUGGAGGAGUAUUUCCAGACGAUUUACAAAGUCCUCGUGCAGAAGACCACGUUUGAUCCUUUAUUUUACAAAACAGCGUGUGUAAUAGCCAGACGUACACACGUGUAAUGAGACACGCACUUGGCCGAUAUAUUACAUUCGAAAAGAAACAUAUUGUUCGGGUCUUCUAUAUUCUCAGUAGAGCAGAGCAUAUACAUGUACAUAGGAGUGUUACUGUUGUAAGCCUGAUUAGAGUAUGUCUGAUGAUGUUCAAGUACGAUGAAGACUUCUGUGCAAGUUAUUAGUAGGUGUCGUUUUAAUCAAUGUUUUAACUGAUCUGCAAAAAAAUCACGUGUUCUUUACUCUAGACCUUUGACUUAAAAAAAUAUAUAACAAAUCCUCUGAAGAUGGACAUUAACUUAACUUAAUGUAAAUAUGCAUAAACAUCAAGUAUUUCAUUUUUCACGAAAUAUAGUUGUUUUGAUUAGAAAGUCGAUAAUAAAUAUCUUAUCACCCUAAAGUAAUAUGUACACACUUCAACAAACAACAUCAAUGUAUUUCUUUACUGAUCGGAAUUUCAAAACAGAUGAUUUACAAUGAUCAACAUGGGCAACCUCAGAUGUAUGGGAUUAGUACUACAAUGGAUAUAUCGUACAACCAUACGGCAAAUCCCUCCUCUGAAAUAUUCUAUUUUUUGUAAAGACAAUGGUAUUCCGUGUUGAAAGCUAUCAAUAAAUAACAUGCAAG